AGAAAAACUCAUAGCUAGCUCUGUAGUUUGCACUCCUCUCCGCGGUCGCCGACAUCGCCACCGCUGACGACGUCGUCUGCGCCACCGUCAAAUCCUUACCUGUACUACGUCUUAGAGUUGUUCUCUGUAGACCUCAUUUCACUGAUGGCGGUUGUGAAAGACUCUGUUGCCUAUUCGAAUAUCUCUCCACCAAAUUCACAUGGAGCUGUUGUUCUUGGCGGAACUUUUGAUAGAUUGCAUGACGGCCACCGGCUUUUUCUCAAGGCAUCGGCUGAGGUUGCAAGGGAUCGCAUUGUCAUUGGGGUUAGUGAUGGACCCAUGUUGAGUAAAAAACAGUUUGCUGAUCUAAUAGCACCGAUUGAGAAAAGGGUGCAUGAUGUUAAAGAGUAUAUUAAGUCUAUCAAACCAGAGCUAGUAGUGCAAGUUGAACCAAUUAUUGACCCCUAUGGUCCUUCAAUCGUUGAUGAGAAUUUGGAGGCUAUUGUUGUCAGGGUUUUUUUUAUUAGUUGGAUUUGGAUGCCAUGUAGCAAGGAGACUUUACCUGGGGGACUAUCAGUAAAUAAGAAGAGAGCUGAGAGAGGCCUCUCGCAACUAAAGCUUGUGCAGAUUGAAGUUAUUGACAUCCUCCCUGAGGAAUCAACUGGAGAAAAGCUGAGUUCCACAACAUUGAGGAGACUUGAGGCUGAGAAGAUGGUGAAUGCUGCUUUUAGUUGAAUAAUGUUUGGCGGAAAAUGAGAAAAUUUAGAAGCAGAAAAUUUGGGAGCAGACAAUUAGUUUCUGUGUUCUAAGACAGAAUUGAGGCAAGCUGUGUACUUUAGGAAGGAUUAAUUCCAAUGGGCAUUUGAUUGAUGUCAUUUAUGGAUAUUUUAUUUUUAAUAGGCCUUCUAAUUUUAAUGACAACUUGGAAAUGUAAUUCCAAUAACAGUAUUUUGGCUGUAUUAGAAAAACGCCACCCCCUAUGAGUGGUGAAUUUUCUUUUCUUU